AUGAACAAGCAAGUGUCCAAGGGUCGCCUGACAGAUGCCGAGGCGACGGACUUUUUUCAGCGCCUCAGCUACUGGCGUCUCGAGCCCCACGCCCUCUCAACCCACCACCAACGCAGAGCCUUUCUACCCUCCAAACCGGUCCCCUCUCUCUCCCACCCCCCGCCUGCCGCGUCGCUCGACGCGGCGGGCCCUGGCGCGGAGUCGCGCGCCGCGCCCGAUAAGGCGAGCGAAGAUCCCGGAGACGCCACGGGCAGAGGGGCCGAAGCUGUCCCAGAGACACAGGCAACUUCUGUUUUCUCGCCUCCUCCCCUCGACGUACUCGCCGCCCCCGAGUGUCUCCGCCACGCGACGUUCUGCAUCGAAGCCGCCCUCGAGAACGCAGCCGUCAAAUCGGCGCUCUUUGCUUACCUCGACGCCGUCACUCCGCCCUCGACGAUUCUCGCGACAAACACGUCGUCGAUUUCCAUCACGAAGAUUGCGGCGGCCACGAGGCGGCCCCACAAGGUCAUCGGCAUGCACUUCAUGAACCCCGUUCCGGUCAUGCCUCUCGUCGAAGUCAUCACUGGAUUGUGCACCUCGGACGAGACGCUGCACGCCACCGAGAGCCUCGCCCAGCUUAUGGGGAAGACCACCGCGCGGUCCCUAGACCGCCCUGGAUUCGUCGCCAAUCGGCUCCUCAUGCCUUACCUCAACGAGGCCAUCUUUGCUCUCCAGGAGGGAAUCAGCUCUGCGCGCGACAUCGACACAAUCAUGAAGCUCGGCACGAACGUCCCUAUGGGGCCUCUCGAGCUCGCGGACUUCAUCGGGCUCGACACGUGCCUCGCCAUCAUGCGCGUGCUCUGCACGGAGCUCGGCGAUUCCAAGUACCGGCCCGCGCCGCUCCUCGUUCAGUACGUCGAAGCGGGUUUUCUCGGCAGAAAAACAGGGAAAGGGUUCUACGACUAUUCCAAGAAAUUGUAG